CACUCCUCUAAUGUGGUUCGACCUUCUGCAGUCGGUAAGAGGGCUAUGUAAGAAAUUGUCCAUUUGAAAAUCCUUUUUCAUCCUUCUUUAAAACAACACGUAGCACAAUACAAAAAGACCCGGCUUCAAUCAAAUUUGACCAACCAGGUUAAAACAGACUAAAUUGAGAAUGUAUGCCUGUGCAAAGUUCGUCUCCACGCCGGCUCUGGUCCGUGCUGGCUCCCGUGCUCUUUACAGACCCCUGUCUGCCUCUGUGCUGUCCAGGCCUGAGGUCAAAACAGAGAGCAAUGUAGCCCUCAUGGCACAAAGCCCAUUCACCCAGGUAGCACUCAGAGACUUCCAGACCAGUGCUGUGAGCAGGGACAUUGAUACCGCUGCCAAAUUCAUUGGUGCUGGAGCCGCCACAGUCGGCGUGGCUGGAUCUGGUGCUGGAAUUGGAACUGUGUUCGGCAGUCUCAUCAUUGGAUAUGCCAGGAACCCAUCUCUGAAGCAGCAGCUGUUCUCCUAUGCUAUCCUGGGAUUCGCCCUGUCUGAAGCUAUGGGCCUAUUCUGUUUGAUGGUUGCUUUCUUAAUCUUGUUCGCUAUGUAAAAAAUCUGUCUAUAGAAACUGUAAUUACAGAUGUGACUACACAUUUUAUCGUGGCUACCAAAAUUGUUCCGUGUUGGUGUCAUGGAAAUGUACAUUUUCAAGUCUGUCCGACACUCUCAAAAUAACGAAAACAUGUAUUGUAAAAAUGUAAGAAAUUACAUAAUUAAAAUGCAUGGAUUUGACUAUUUAA